CCCCAAGUACCGAAGAAUCAGAAGCCGUGGCAUCACCCUCUUCCCCUUUCGCCUGCCGUGCCCUAGAUGCGAUUCCACCGUCUCCGCUCCUCCGCCUCCGCCAUUGCCUCUUUGUCGCCGGUGGUUGGUCAUCUAGAUUCUUCGGCGUGCGGCUAUCUUGCUCAAAUGGUUGCUUCGUUGAACCGUGAUGCCCCUGCGCUCACCCCACUGGUGUCGCAGCUUCUCCAAUCGUGAUCUCCGCUAAACUCCUCCUGGAUUUAUGAUGUCGAUAACCAAUUUGCAAAUACCUAUUUGCAUGACCAAAGACUAUGAGAUUUUUUAUGCGAAAUCUGCUUUCUGCCUUGAGCAUUCUUUUUUUUUUUUACCUUCAUAAACCAAUGGUAAUGCUAUUUAAAGAGAGCAUGGUGAUAUCUGGCCAGAGUUGAAUAAUCUUUUUUCUACAGGACUAGUUCUUUUUUGCCGUCAUAUUUCUCAAUUUUCCCUUAUGGAUGAGGUGGGACAUAGAGAAAAUGCGAGACACAAAAAUGACCAAUAUAAAGCUGUUCAUGCACAGUGGAUGAUGCCUCAACACCAGCUUAAGGAGAAUCAAACCAUAAAACUCUUAAUGGCUGAGAGGGAGAAAGCGCUCCAAGAACGUGACAUUGCCAUUGCUGAGAAGAAGACUGCUUUGGUCGAACGAGACAUGGCAUACCUCCAGCGUGAUACAGCAAUUGCUGAGAGGAAUGGUGUUAUCAUUGAACGGGACAAUGCAAUUGCCGCCCUAGAGUAUGCCCGCGAGAGUUGCAUGAACACUAACUGUGCAGCUAGCUGUUCUGUUCCUCGUGGUACAAAGCACAUCUACAAUAACCAGCGGCAACAUCUUCAGCCUUUGCCCUCUCCAGCACACCAAUCGCAUGAUGCUCCUUGCUGCCAAACUCAAGAUUCACCUAUUAAUGAUGCAUUUCCCAGCUCUGGUGGUUCCGAGUCUGGAAUGAAAUUCAACAAGGUGAAAAGGUCAAGGAAGGAUACCAAAACCCAAGACUCGUCAGCUAAAAAGAUGACAAAGUCAUCUCGAAAGAGUAAGAAGGGUGUGGGCGACGAUUUGAACAAGCAGGUGACUAUUGCAAGAACAGCUAGCGAAUGGAAGGGUGAAAUUGGCGUUGCAGAGGAUCUAAACAAACAGGUUUCCUUGACAAAGUAUAAUGAGUGGAAGAGUCAAGACCUGAGUCUGAACCAGGUUUCCUUUGAUGACUUGGCAAUGCCUGUGCCUGUCUGUUCGUGCACCGGGAAGUAUCAGCAGUGCUACAAGUGGGGGAAUGGUGGAUGGCAGUCUGCUUGCUGCACCAUGACUCUUUCCAUGUAUCCAUUGCCAAUCAUGCCUAACAAGCGCCAUGCGCGAGUUGCAGGUCGUAAAAUGAGCGGAAGUGCAUUCAGAAAACUCCUCGGCAGACUUGCAGCAGAAGGGCACGAUUUGUCCCAGCCGGUGGACUUGAAGGACCACUGGGCUAAGCACGGAACCAAUCGCUACAUCACCAUCAGGUGAGAACCAACUGCUUCUUGAGUUUCCGAGCAUUGUGAAAUGCCCUACCGCGUUCGACCGCUGGUGAGUAUUUUGUAUGGAAAUAGCCAUCUACAAAUGUAAGACAGACUUAGAUCGAUGUAUAUCAUUAUCCAUGCAUUAGCGAACACACUGACUCUGUCAUCAUGGUGUCUGGUGGUUGUAACAUAUUAGUUAAUACACUUCUUCAUUGUCCAA